GACAGAAUACAGGACUGGCAGCAGGCACAUUCAAAUUUUAAGGGAUUUGCCACAUUCAAAUCCCUUAAUUCCUGAUCUUCCUUUGGACACUGGACUGACUUCACUCCUUCCCCACUCCCAGCCCAGGGAGGGAGGGCUGGGCCGGGAGCUGCACGUUGCCUACGCGAGGAUGACGUCCCCAAAGAGGCCAGGGUGCUGGCGAGUCCGGGAAGAGCACCAUUGUCAAACAGAUGAAUACAAAGCUGUUGUCUACAGCAACACCAUCCAGUCCAUCAUGGCCAUCAUCAAGGCGAUGGGGAACCUGCAGAUUGACUUUGAAGACUCCUCCAGAGCGGAUGACGCUCGGCAGCUGUUUGCGCUCUCGUGCACGGCCGAGGAGCAGGGCAUCAUGCCGGAGGACCUGGCCAAUGUGAUCCGGAGGCUGUGGGCUGACAACGGGGUCCAGGCGUGUUUUAACCGUUCCCGAGAGUACCAGCUGAAUGACUCUGCUGCCUA